AUGGCGGCUCCCCGGCAGCCCGGGCAGGUUCCGAGCGCUGGAGAGAUCCCAGCGGCCACCCAGACCCCGGCCUGCCUGCCGCCUCCCCCACUCUCCCGCGGAGGAUGCAAGAUCGCGGAGCCCAAGGACGCCCCAGAGGAGCUGGACAGGCUGGUGGAAGGGCCGGCUUGGGUUGAAAAUGUCUUCCCUGGAGAGGUUGGCUUUAGCUCCGCCGGGAAUCGAGUUGCCAAGACCGCGUUAAAGCGCUGGAGUGUGGACUCGGGUUCCCCGCUCCGGCGGGUCCUCUGCGGCCUGGGCCACACCUGCGGUCGUGACUCGUGGUGGGUUGACUGGAGAGAGCGCCUUCCAUUCGCCUUCCCCAGCGGACUCCGGGCCUCCCUCUCCAGCCUCCUGCGCGGCGGGGUCACGGGGCAGCCGCAGCGACGCCCCAGCCCCGGCAGGAAGCGCGGCCACGCUCUCCGAUGCCGCGCCAGGGCCCGCGAGCCCCGAGGCAGCCAGAAAGCACAGCAGUGCGGGGGACACACCGGGGAGGCACAGGGCCGAGAUGGGGCGGCGUUCCACACCCCGAAUCCAGGGGCCGUGGAGAAGGUCAGGGGACCAGCAGCCACGUCUGCGCCUCCCCAGACAGGGGGCGACGGGAGCCCCAGGGUCCACGCUGCUAACAAGGGGGCGACGGGAGCCCCAGGGCCCACACUGCUCAACAAGGGGGCGACGGGAGCCCCAGGGCCCACGCUGCUCAACAAGGGGGCGACGGGAGCCCCAGGGCCCACACUGCUCAACAAGGGGGCCGGCCUGAGGGUGUGGACCCUCACCUCAGAGGGCAACAUUCCAGUGCCCCAGAGGGUCGCCCUACACAGCGGGGCUCUGGCUGGGGGACGGAGCAGGCCGGGCCAGUCCAGUGCAGGGCAGCCUGAGGCCGGGGCCGACAUGGAGACAGAGAGCCUGGAGGGGAAGAGAGCCCUCGGGCUCCCAGACCACCUGCCCCCCCCCCACGACCCACCUGUCCGGGCGGGGCGGGGCUGGUGCGUCUGCGCCCCUCGCAUUCCACGAAGGGACGUGGCCGGCACGUCUCCGCAGGCCGAGCGGGGGACAGAGCCCGCGGAAGUGAAGGCCGGUAUUGGGGGUGCGGUGCCACUGCCCGAGGCCCUGCACGCGGGCUCCGGGACGGUGGGGGAGCGUGGUCUCCGCCCGGGGCCCGCGGAGGACGGCCCGACGGAGGCGCCGCCACCCCGGAGGGCAAGUCACGGGAGACACGGCGUCCGUGACGGCAUCGGUUCCCGCAGCACGCGGACCCCGCGGCGGCCGGGGGCUCCGGCUCAGACACCCCAGCUGUCCACCGAGCACCCCCAGCUCGGGACACCCCAGCUGUCCACCGAGCACCCCCAGCUCGGACACCCCCAGCUGUCCACCGCGCACCCCCAGCUCGGACACCCCCAGCUGUCCACCGCGCACUCCCCAGCUCGGACACCCCCAGCUGUCCACCGGCUUCUGUUAGAGAUCGGGGACAAAUCAAAGCCCCCCCCCCCGCCCCGGUGUCCUCGCUCCUCCCAAUGCCUGCCCUGUGAACCGAGGCCCGGCGGGGGCUCCGUGGCCGGUGUGGGGCCCCGGCUCCUGUCGGCCACGCUCGCAGCCCUCAGACGAAGCUCGCCGCCGCAGUGCGGUGGCCCCGUCUUCCACGCCUUGCACUCACCCUUCUCCUUCGGGCGGCUGCGGUGGUUUGGACUUUGUCCCGGUGGCCGUGUCUCUCCGGGCCGGCCGUCCUUCGGGGCCGGUGUUCAGCUUUGUUGGGGUGUCGCCUGGUCCCAGCAGGUCCCCCGCUCCUGCCGCCUGGGACGCCAGGACUCCUGGAAGUCUGCGUCCCCAUGCUCCGUGGCCCACGCGCUCCCCGGGGCCCCCUCUCCACCCAGGGGUCCGGAGAAGGGUGCAGCAGAAGCUGGGAGCAAGGACGACCUCCUCCGGCUGCCCUCAGGGCCCAGGGGCUCCCCGGCAGAGACACCCCAGACCACCGGGCCACGGGGGUCCCGCGUGCGGGCGCUGUCUCCGGCCCUCCGGGACGCCUUGGUCAUCUUGCUGCUGCUGCUGUGGUGCCCGUUCUUCUGCUUUGGAGAGCUGCUCAGCACAAGCAUGGCGGAGGCGGGAGCGCACUCUCACCCGACGGUCCUGCCUGUCCUGGGCGGCCUGGGGCGCUGGCGGCACGAGUCCCUGGCCACGCAGGGCAGAGGGCGCCUGAGCUCGCCGCGUCCCUGCACAGACCCGCACACGCUGCCUCCAUGCCGGCCGGCGCCACUCAGCCCGCUCACCACCCCCAGUGCACGAGCGGGGGACAGCGGGGUGCAGCCCGGCCCGGGGCCUUCACUCACCACCCCUGAGUGCGAGAGUCGGGGGACAGCGGGGUGCAGCCCGGCCCGGGGCCUUCGAUCACAACCCCCAGUGCACGAGCGGGGGACAGCGGGGUGCAGCCCGGCCCGGGGCCUUCACUCACCACCCCUGAGUGCGAGAGUCGGGGGACAGCGGGGUGCAGCCCGGCCCGGGGCCUUCACACACCGACCCUUGAGUGGGAGAGUCGGGGGACAGCAGGGUGCAGCCCGGCCCGGGGCCUUCGAUCACAACCCCGAGUGCGAGAGCCGGAGGAUGGCCCCGGUGGGGUCCAGCCGAGACCGGGGGCCUUCAGUCUCGGGAGUCGACCUGAUCCUGCUGCCCGCGCGUGUCACCGCUCCUUCGGCGUGCAAGGGCGUGCAAGGGCGUGCCCGUGGCGGCGGUCUGCUUCGCUCGCGCCCUUGCUCGCUCGUGUGGACGCCGGAGGCGGCGCCCCGGCUCCUCACCCCCGCGCGGCCGGGCCGCAGAAGUUGUCAUCACCGCGCGUGGUCUACCCGCCGGACUCCGAGCGGCGAGUCGUUCCGCGGGAGUCAGGGGCUCCGCGCCGUCCGUCUGCUCGCUGCCUCCUGCUCCCUGCGCGCGCGCGGUCAGAACGUGUGA